AUGAGGAUUAUCCUCGGAAUUUUGCUCAUAGUCUUGUGUAGCCGAGCUGAAGCUGUCACCAAUGCUAAUCUGAACUUCACAGCUGAUUCAGGAAUCAUUCACUCACCGAAUUAUCCAUCCAAUUAUGAUAAUGGAUUGAAUUUUGUAAUGUCUAUCAAGGUGGAGCCGGGAAACUACGUGUUUCUAACAUUUUUGGACUUUGAAACUGAGGAUUGUUGUGACAGACUUUACAUCUUCGAUGGUGAUGGAGUUGGAGGUCCUAGUAUUGCCAAUGUGUCAGGAAUCCAAACAGGAAGAAACUUUUCAUCAACCAGUAAUACAAUGACUUUGUUGUUCUAUUCCGACUUGAUAUACACAUACCGUGGUUUUGCCAUCAAGUAUGAACAAGUCAAAGUUAAUACACAAAUAGAGGCUUCUAAUCAGUGUGCUCCAAAUAUAAUAACGAGUGUAGCAGGGUUUUUGACAUCUCCCAAUUGGCCUGGCAAUUAUCCAAACAAUGUAUCCUGCUCGUACAAGCUCACCAGCACUAAGAACAAGGUUAUGAUAACAUUUGUUUCUUUCGACACCGAAGAUUGUUGCGACAAAGUAUACAUCUACGACGGAGCUGGCAUUGAUGCUCCAACUCUCGCUGUAUUAUCCGGAACUCCCAAUUCGUCGAACAUGACUUUUGUUUCAUCGGGAAGCAAUAUGUUCAUAUUCUUCAAUUCCGAUUACACAAAUAAUAUGAUGGGGUUCUCCGCCUACUAUAUGUCAGUAACCUAA